AUGCGUCUCACUACCAUAUAUUCGGUCCUCUCGGUCUUUCUCGUUGGUCUCACAAGUGCUGCCAACUCACUCCCUGAACUCCCUGUAUCAUGUCCACAGAUUGUUCCUGCUCCCGCCCCAGCAUCUCUUCCCAGCUACUUCCUACCCAAACCCAUCAAGGACUCCCAACUCGACGACAUCGAGACAAUCCGGCAAACCCUCCACUUCUACGCCCUUGUUCUCGACAGCAAAGCCUUCCCAUUACUCGACCGCGUCUUUGCUCCCUCUGCAGUCGCCAACUAUUCCGGACUUGCUGGUAUACUCGAAAGCCUCUCGGUUAUUCAGACGUUUCUGCAGGGCUCGCUUGCGGCGUAUCCCAAGACUCAGCAUUUGAUUGCUAACCAUAUCAUUGAUGUAUGCGCGUCCAAGACGGCGGUGAGCCAAACAUAUUUUCAGGCUACGCAUUUCCCCAAUACGACGGGAGGCAUUUUCACGGCGUAUGUGACGCACCAAGAUGUUUGGGAGAAGACAAAGGACGGGUGGAGGAUCGUGUACAGCAAUUUUGGUAUCACGGGGAGGCGUUGA